AUGGAUCAUCGGAUUGUUGGACUUAGUCUAUUUAGUUUAUUAUUAAUACAGUUCUGUAGUGGCAAUAGUGAAGGUUUCAGUCUCAUUGAGACCGAAAUCGAGGACGUGCCACAUCAAAACUUGCAACAUCUACUCACCACACUGUUGGCAUCCGCUCGCAUAGAGCGCUGUUUUGUUAUCAUUACCGAUAGCACUUAUCAACAGCUCUACAAAAACGCCUACUAUUUCAUAAAUGUACCACCGAGCGAGGAUUUGUUGGCGCCCAACUACCAAAUGGUACGAGUCUUGAAACAAAUACGCAAACAGAAUUGUGAAUUUAUGCUCGUAACGCUCUUGAAUGGACUACAGGUGCAGCGCUUCUUGCGUUUUGUGGAGAAGAAUCGUUUGCUAAACUUACAACAACGCUUUGUGUUGCUCGAGGAUGCGCGGCUUAUGGUGGCCGAGAUGUGGUACAUAUGGAGUAAUAUGAUAUCAACUGUAUUCGUGAAGCCCAUAGAGAACCAAAGGUCAGGAUCGUAUUAAUUGCUAAUAGUGUUACAACUUAACAAAUUGUAAUGAAAUAAUAGGUUCCUCUUGAGCACAAUUGCAUAUCCGGAAAUUUUGAACGGUGUAGUGGUCACAAAACGUCUAAUGUUUUGGGAGAAAGGAAAGCAAAUAAAAAUGAACCAAUUGUAUCAGGAUAGGACAUCGAAUAUGAAAGGCUUUUCCUUGCCCAUCGUUGUCUUCGAACAUGUUCCGAUGGUCAGACGUAGCGCAGAUAAUGCCAGUUUUAUUGGACUUGAGGUGGAGAUACUUAGGGCGCUUGGUGUCAAACUUAAUUUCAAACCCGCCUUCUAUGAAACCAACGAUGCUGCCUACGAGCAUUGGGGCAAAGAGUUACCGAAUGGCAGUUAUUCGGGCAUUCUAGGAGAUAUGGUAGGUUGGGUUAGGUUAGUCUGGAAGACCAAAAAGCCACACAUAGGCAAGUUUUGGAAAAAUAUAUGUAUAUGGUCUCAACCAGAUGGCUUUUCUUUUAUUCAGUCAUUGCCUAAUUCAUUCCAGGCCAAUCGGAAUGCUCGUAUCGCCAUCGGCAAUCUGCAUAUGUUUAAGCUCUAUGCUUCCGUUAUGGAUCUCUCUUGGCCGCAUAGUUUCGAGUGUUUGACCUUUUUAACACCAGAGUCCUCACAGGAUGACAGCUGGCGUACACUUAUACAGCCUUUCAGCGGCAGCAUGUGGGCCGGUGUUUUACUCUCACUCUUUAUUGUGGGUACAGUUUUCUAUGUGAUCUCUUGUCUGCAUGCCAUACUAUUGCAUCGACGAUCACGCCGUCCGCAACGCAUGUUGAGUUGGUCGGAAUGGCGUAGUAAGGUGCUCUUACGGCCACCUCGCAGUAUCGAUACGAAGCUAUUCCGAGAUGUGCAAUUUCGUCGUUAUCUGGGUCAAUUGAAAUCGCUGCCGCCGAAAAAUACCGACCUCUUCGAUGAUUAUUCCAAUUGUUUGCUACUCACCUAUAGCAUGUUGAUGUAUGUUUCGCUGCCACGUCUGCCGCGCACAUGGAGUUUACGCGUGCUUACCGGUUGGUAUUGGCUCUACUGCAUUUUGUUGACGGUCAUCUAUAGAGCAAGCUUAACAGCGAUACUUGCGAAUCCAACAGAGCGCAUCACCAUCGACACUUUGGAAGAACUGUCCGCGAGUUAUGUGACCAGCACCGCUUGGGUGCAUGAGAAUAAACAGUUUUUUGUCGAGGCGUUCGAUGAGACCGCUCAAGAGAUCGGACGUAAAAUGGAGAUAGUGGACAAUAUCGAGAGUGUGACCGAACGUAUUACCAAAGGUGAAUAUGCCUAUUUCGAUAAUGAAUAUUUUCUACGUUUUUUGCGUAUGAAAGGCGCUCAACGUCGCGAGGAACAACAAUUCACUGAAGUAGUAUUGCACAUAAUGCGUCAAUGUGUCAUACAAAUGCCCGUCGUCUUGGGGCUGGAGAAAAAUUCACCACUACAGCCGAACGUUAAUAAAUAUUUGAGGCGUCUAAGUGAAGGAGGACUCAUCAGCAAGUGGCUCAAAGAUUCCGUUGCCGAGUUACCCGCCGAGGAGCGUACCCCACAGGAGGCAGUAAUGGACUUACCAAAAAUAUGGAGCUCAUUUGUGGCGCUUGGUAUUGGUUAUUUGUUGGGUCUCCUAGCGAUAGCCGGUGAAUGGCUACACUAUGAAUAUGUGGUGCGAAAACAUCCACUUUACGAUGAGUAUAAUAGGAAUUUGUAUUACAAUUUCAAACGAAAAUUCUCAUGUUACUAAUUUGAGGUUAGAAACUAAAAUUUGAGGUUAUACAAAAACACUUGUUGUUUCAUAAUACUAUUUAAGUAAAUAGUUGACUAUUUAAUCUUUACAAGUACAUUCAUACAUAAUGACAUAGUGUACAUUUGUUGUUCAUAGACUCAAUUACAUUACACACAUUUACAACGAGCUACAGGAGGACCCGUUUACUGACACUUUUCUUCUUCUUCUUCAUCUUCUUCUU